GCACCAAUUGUGUUUCUGGUAAAGUUUUUAGUGAACCAAAAAGUAAUAAAUGUGUUGAGUGUUCGACCAUUAAUGCAAACUGUGUUGAAUGUUCUUCAAAUGGAGAAAGAAAGUGUAUAAAAUGUCGAGAAAAUAGUGGGUUUUAUUUAUUAAAUGGAAAUUGUGUUGCUUGUGAUUCAACAUGUAAACCAAAUACAUGUGACUCGACAUCUGGAUUUUGUUCACAGUGUUUGUUAAAUUACACAGUAACUUCUCCGAUAUCAAAAGUUUGUGUAAAAUGCUCUGAAUUUGAUUCAUACUGUUCAAAAUGUGCAGUUGAUUAUACAAGAAAAUGUGAAUUGUGUUCAAAUGGAAAAUACCCAAAACCAUCAAAAAACUAUAAAUGUGGUAAUUGUGACUUCACAUGUGGGGGUUCAUGCAGUGGUACAACAGGAGCGUGUACUGGUUGUUCGUCGAAUUACGUCUUUUCAAUAUCAAACAAUUUAGUGUGUGAUUCAUGUGCAACAUUUGAUUCAAAUUGUUUGACGUGUGACUCAACAUAUCAACGAAAAUGCAGUGUGUGUCGACCAAGCGGAAUGUAUCCAAGCGACUCAACAUACACGUGUGUUUCAUGUGAUGCUACAUGCAAUGGUAACUGCGAUCAAACAACAGGCAAGUGCACUGGGUGUAUCAACAAUUAUGUGUUUGAAGCAACAAAGAGUCGUGUGUGUGUUGCUUGCAAAUCAUUUGAUCAGAAUUGCAAGGUAUGUUCAUCUGAUUACAACAGAAAAUGUGUUGAGUGUGAGAGUGGAUUUUAUCCAAAUGAAAGUGGGGGCUGUGUAUUUUGUAACACAACUAUCACAAAUUGUAAAUCAUGUAAUUCAAAAGAAAACAAGUGCUUGUCGUGUCAAGACCCGUAUUACCUCUUCAACCAAACGUGUUUGAGUUGUGCUUCUGGAAGUUAUAAAAACACUGAAACAUCAUGUGAAAAGUGUUACAUUGGCAUCCCAAAUUGUCAAACGUGCUCAACUAAAACGGUUGGAAUUCCUGUUUGCACCGCUUGUUAUUCGCCAUAUGCAUUUGAUUCACAAACUGGUGUUUGUGAAUCUUGUGGAGCAAACACAUUUUACAACGCCACAACAAAGAAAUGCGAAAAUAAUGGGGGUGGCUGUUUGACUUCUUCGAAUCAAGAACAGUGUCUAAGUUGUUCAGAUGGAUAUUAUCUGUCAAACAACAAAUGUGUGUCGGCAACCAACUGUGUGUUCAAAUCAACACUUUCGAAAAUAUCUUGUGACUGUUCUGAUCAAAUAUCAGUUGGCUCAGACUGUCAAAGCACUCUAUCAAAAUGUAAGUAUCAGAAAAACUACAAAAAUCAAAAGGAAUGCAUUCAAUGUGAAGAUAAGUAUGUUGUUAAUGAUAACACUUGUCAAAAUGUAGUUAAUAUAUUAUCAUUGAGAAAUGGUGUGGUUUAUAGAUGUGACAAUGGCAAUUAUUUGAAUGAAAACAAUCAAUGUGUGACAUGUAAAAACAACUCGUCGAUUUGUAUAAAUUACAAAUCAAUAAGUAUAGUACUGUCAUGUGGCAACAAUUCGAUUUAUAAUGUUGAAACAAUGAGCUGCAAUAGUGAUAACAAUUGUUUGAAAUACGGCAAAGAUUAUUGUUCAAAAUGUGUUGAUGUAAACAUGGAACUUAAAUAUGGCAAAUGCUCGGUGUGUUCUGUUCCAAAUUGUAAAUAUUGUGAAGGUGGAAAGUGCAAGAGAUGUAACGAAAAAUAUGUGAUACAAACAAAUGGAUUUUGUUUUGAACAAAGUGAAGUUGGGUGUGCCAAAGCUAACGGAAUGUCAUGUCCACAAUGUAACGAAGGGUUUUAUGCAAUAGAAACUCUCAACAAUGAGGGAAAAUACGAUUUUUGUAUUCCAAUUUCUAACACUCAAAUAGCUGAUUGUAAAUAUUCACUGAUUUCACAAUCCAAAUGUGUUGAAUGUUUUGAUUCUUUCAAACUAAAGAAUGGAAAAUGUUCAGAACAGUUUGAAGAUCAAGAAAAUGAUGAAGAAAACAAUUCAACCAUCACAAAACAAGAUAAGAAAGGUGUUGAAGUUUCGUGUUUCACUCGAAAUAACAAAGGGUGCGAAAGAUGCAUUUCUGGUUAUUACUUUAACAACAGUGAGUGUGAGAAGUGUCCUAAUCACUGUUAUCAUUGUUACAACACUUCAUAUUGCUUGACAUGCGAUCCACAGUAUUACUUGUCAUCAACCUUUACAUGUGAACCACUUGGCAAUUUAUUUACAAAAUGUGACUUGACACUGCCGACGGGUGGUGGGUGUGCAAUUUGCAAAGACCACUAUUACAAACAGAAAACAGAUUGUAUUUCUUGUGAUGAGUCAUGUGGUACUUGUGUUGAUAGUACUUCUUGUUUGAGUUGUCAAAACGAGCAUUUCAAACUAUCUGGCAGUGAAAGUAAACUGUGUGUGUCAUAUGACAACUUGACUAAUUGUGAAACUAAAACACCGAUUGGGUGUCUAAGAUGUGAGGAUGGGUAUUACUUGGAUAAUUACAUUUGCAAAAACUGUUCUGAAAACUGCAUCUCAUGUGACAGCUAUCAAAAUUGUAAAAAAUGUGUUGAAAAAGAUUAUGUGUUGGUUGACUCGCAGUGUGUGAGUUACAAAAAUGUUGAGUUUUGUUUGUCUGCAAACAAUUCAAAGUGCACAGAAUGUGAAGGCUUUCACAAACCAAGUGACGCCGGUGAUUAUUGUGUGAAAGUGACAAAUUAUGGGUUGGUUGUUGGCGUGCCAAUAUCAGUCACUUUUGUGAUCAUAGUGUUUAUUGUUGCUAUUAUACUAAUUGCGAUAUCAAUGAUACAAAAGAGAAAACAGAAGAAAAAAGAGCAGAACAUUUGCAACUUCAAAAUGAGUCGAUCAAACAUCGAGAUGGUCAAAUUAAGUGCCAAUUUAGUGUCAAACAAGACAACACUGAAAUUUGAUUUGGAUGACAACGAUCCACUUAAAGUUGACAUCGAGACAAGAGAUUUGGUAUGUAUUGGGAAUGUGUCGAAAAGCAACUUAAAAGUUCAAUUCAGUGUGAUGGAAGGGUGUGACUAUUACGAGAUACGAAGUGUGCCACCACUUGUGACAUUGAAGCCUGGAUAUGCUUGUGAGUUUGAAAUAAUUAUUAAGCCGCUGUGCACUUGUGUCACAAAAGAAAGUGUAGCAAUAACUUCGUAA